GCGCAGCAGCGGCGACUUGAGGGCGCGGUUGGGCUGGCCCAGCGAUCUGUUCUUGGCCGACCAUCAUCCGAGAUGACCGACAGCAAGCGCAAGCGGGAAGAAGACGACGGCCUCUCGGCCCUGAUCAGCGAGGCCGAUAGCUAUGUGCCAUACGUUCCGAUCCGGCAGCGGAAGGACGAAAAGUUUUCGCGGCUCGCAUCCAUCGACCACCGCCGAAGGGUGGUUCUGGACGACGACAGCUCGAUGCCGGCAGCCGACGACGACGCCCCCAGGGCCGGCCCGAUGGCGAACGUCUCCCUGAUCGAGCAAGCCGUGGAGAUCAAGAAGCACGAGUACAAAAAGACCGAUCUGGAGAAGGAGAUCGAGGAGGAGCAGUCGAUUUUGCUGGCCCAGGAGCGAUCACACAAAGCCCUGUUUUCGGCUCGCGAGCUGGCCAAAGGCAUUACCUACGACAAGCCCAUGACAACAUCCUGGAAUCCACCAAAGCACAUCCGUGAUAUGUCCGAAGAGGAAUACGAAAAGAUCCGAGAGGAGUUUCAUAUCCUCACCGAGGGAGAGCACAUCCCGCCGCCAAUCCGAACAUUCCGGGAUAUGCGGUUCCCGAACUCCAUCUUGGCCCAGCUCGAGAAGAAAGGCAUCAAGAAACCCACGCCCAUUCAGAUCCAGGGCAUGCCGGUAGUGCUCAGCGGCAGAGACAUGAUUGGAAUAGCCUUCACCGGCUCUGGAAAAACACUCGUUUUUACGCUGCCGCUGGUGAUGCGCGCGCUGGAGGCCGAGGUUAGACUACCUCUGGAACGCGGCGAAGGGCCCGUUGGCAUGAUCAUCUGUCCAUCGCGAGAGCUGGCACGACAGACCUAUGACGUCUCGAAGGCAUUCUGCGAGAGUCUGGAGAGCCUUGGCGGCUUCCCCCAGAUACGCACGCUGCUGUGCAUUGGUGGCAUCUCCAUGAAUGAGCAAGCCGACGUUCUACGAAAAGGACCCCACAUCGUCGUGGCCACACCAGGUCGUCUUCAGGAUCUUCUCCAGAAGGGCAAAAUCAACCUGGACAUUUGCAAAUACAUGUGUCUCGACGAAGCCGAUCGCAUGAUCGACAUGGGCUUCGAGGAGGAUGUCCGAAACAUCAUGUCAUUCUUCAAGUAUCAGCGUCAGACACUGCUCUUUUCCGCCACGAUGCCCAAGAAGAUCCAGGACUUUGCCCGCUCCGCGCUGGUGAAGCCUGUUGUGGUGAACGUCGGCCGUGCAGGCGCUGCCAGCUUGGACGUCAUCCAGGAGGUCGAAUAUGUCAAGGAAGAAGCCAAGAUGGUGUAUUUGCUUGAGUGUUUGCAGAAACGACCCCCUCCGGUGCUGAUCUUUGCGGAGAACAAGAACGACGUCGACAACAUCCACGAAUACCUGCUGCUGAAAGGCAUCGAUUGCGUCGCCAUCCACGGCGGGAAAGACCAAUCGGAAAGAGAAUUCGCCGUGCGUGCCUUCAAGGAGGGCAAAGCCGAUGUCUUGGUCGCUUCUGAUGUUGCCUCGAAGGGUCUCGACUUUAACGAAAUCCAGCACGUCAUCAACUACGACAUGCCCAAGGAGAUCGAGGACUAUGUCCACCGAAUCGGCCGCACAGGCCGUUCCGGCAAGACAGGUGUGGCCACGACGUUCAUCAACCGCAACUGCUCGGAGCAGAUCUUGCUUGAUCUGAAGCACCUGCUCAAAGAGGCCAAGCAGUCAGUGCCUCCUGUCCUCGAGCAGCUCGAGGAUCCGACCGAAAAGUUCAGCCAGGUCGACAACGCCAUUGGCACGGUGGGCUGCACCAACUGCGGUGGUCUCGGCCACAGAAUCUCAAACUGCCCGAAGCUCAAGCAGCAGCAGAAGCAGUCUAUGGCCAGCCAGCGGGGCGACCACAUGGGCGGCGGUGGAGGGGAUUACUAGAUGAUCCGAAUGGGUUGCGGUGCACUGGAGCGCUGGCCGUGCGCUCUACUCGGUGGAAUCGGGACGCCAUCCCAUUUCCAUGAACACGGAAUAUGAAACGGCUUGCAUCGAGCAAAGUCAUGUGC